AUGUUGCUGAUGCAAGAAUUAGUAGUCAGAGAUGCCUUAGAAGUGCCUUAUUACUUGCCUGUUGAUUUGCCUACAAACCCUGGAAUAAAUGGGACUGCUCUAUCCCCAUCAGCUGAUCUAGAGGUUCCCCGAGCCAAUUCCAAUCUUUUACUCCGACUUGUCACAAUCUGGAUAGAAGAGUUUCUUGCGAUGACUGCUUCAGGUCAAAAUGGCAUUUUGCUACGUUCUCUGCUGGAAGCACAGAAUGUAGAAGAUGGCGUUCCUCCUCUUGUGUUUGCUCUGGCAGCUGGAUCACGUGAAUCUGUCUGGGCGCUCAUCAGCGAGUCUUCUCAUCAUCCUGCAAACCCUAGCUCCUUGAGAGAGAUCGAUGAGAUGAUAGAAAUUGCAAAAUCACACUAUGAAAGAGCUUCUGAAGAGGAAAAGUGUGAGUUGAGAAAGCUGUUCAGAGCCUUGGAUGCAGACAGGGAUGGAAAAGUCAGUUUCCAGGAUUUUUAUGAGUUCUGCACUCACCAUACUUCUACACUGACUAUGUAUUUGAGCCUGAGGUCUUAG